UUAGCCGAUUGUAGUUAAGUAAACUAAAGUUAGUCGGUGAUCGUUAGCGCUCUGUUACUGUAAUGCGCGUGGUGAUCGCUCCGUGAACGUAUUGCCCACAUAACCUACAAAUCGGCGUUUUAUUUUCGAUAAUGUUUGGUGUGAAACUGUCAGCGGCCGAUUCAACUGAUAAGUCGAUCCGGUGCUAUCUCUAAAAAAAAAGGAUUAUUCGCGUGCGUUUUCGAUACGAAUAAAUCGAGAUGAAGGCGAUUUUAUUCCUGCUUGGGUUUACGCUCGCUUCUAAUCAAACACCAGCGAUCCAUGCGGCGCCAUCUGUCGAAGCGUGCCCGUCCGACAGCGUGCUGUCGGAGGACGCGUGCAAAUGCGUCCCGGAAUCCUGCAAGAAGCCGCCGUGCCCGACCGAUCUGCAGAUAGCUACCAACGGCACCGACGUGCCGGGCCAGUGCUGCCCCACGUACGAGUGCGUCGGCUGCGACGAGGAGCAGAAGCUCGAUGGGAAGUGCCCUUGCGGCGAAGGGGCCACGAUCGAUGGGCGCGAAUGCUCCUGCGUGGACGAAACGAAGCAUUUGGUGGAAGGAAAGUGCGUUUGCAAUCCUAUACUCUGUCCGUUGCCGCAAUUGUGCGAUAAGAAAUCCGUCGCUGUAACCAUAUCGGACGGUUGCUGUAAGAAAACGAUUUGUAAACCCUGCCCUUCGGAUAGCGAAUCCACCAACGUCGAAGGCGACGAAAUCGAAGACCAUUGCGUUUGUUUACCUUGCAAAACGGAAUGCGGUUACAACAAAACAGCGGUCAUAAAGAAGCACGCGAGCGGCUUUCCCGGCAACUGCUGCGAUCUGUACGAAUGCAAGAAAACCGAGGAGAUAUCCACCAUCAAGGGCUGCAGCUACGGCGACCUCUUCUACGAGAACGGCAAAGAAUGGCUGACGCUCGAAUCUCAAGUUUGCAAAUGCGAGAACGGCCUGGCGCUUUGCUCCGACAACAAGGAAGUGGAAGCAACCGAUUGCUUCGUGGACAAUCUCUUCCACAAACACAACGAAACCUGGACCAAAGACGAUGGCUGUACGACCUGUACAUGCGCAAACGGCGAACACGAUUGCAUAUCGUACUACUGCGACGUGAAGACCAUACAAGUGAACAGCUCGUGCGUAAAGGACGACGUGUCGUUUCACGACGGCGACACCUGGUUGGAAUCCGACGGUUGCACGAAUUGCACUUGCAUCAACGGCCUCCGGCGGUGCUUCGAUGAUCUUUGCGAGAAACCCACCGCCAAGCCGGCGGAGUGCCCGCCGCUGGUCAACUGCACCAAAACCUGCAUAAACGGCUUCAAAACGAACAGGCGCGGCUGCGAGGUGUGCAAGUGCAACGCCAUCAGACUGAGCCAGGACAUCUUUACGCGAUAUAACAUCUCCAUGAAAGAUCUGAUACGGAUUUUGGACGAGUACAAGGACAAGAUCGAUAAUUUUAACGCUUCCGCUGUAACUACUAAAUUUGUCGAUACUACUACUACUAGUAUUUCUACUACUCCUGCUACCAGUAGUUCGACUACGACCGAGUCGAUUUCGAAAACUGUCGAUGUGUUUCCGCAGUUGCCUAACGUUAUUAUGAACAGAAAUGCUGAAUUUAUGAUGGAAAAUAGUAAUCCAGUUACUUCUACGACGACCGAGCCUUCUAUUAUACCGACGGAAACGGAAAGUGAUCUUGUGGUGAACAUCUGCAUCGCGAUAUUGGUGGCCGCCGUUUUAGUGAUAGGCAUCGUCUUCAUCUACUGCUACAAGAGCAAAAGAAAAAGCAGCAUCGACCUGUCGAAUUGCCAUUACCAAAACGUCAAUAGCAAUCACAAUAACAACAACACCAUCAAAAAAACUGAUCAACUGCUAUGAAAAUACUAACGCGUAAUUUUCCGGUUUGUGAUAUAUACGAUUUGAAGAGAGAAAAAACGAAAGGCUUCGCGUAGCGUUCGUUUAGCUGGAUUUCUUCGGCGGCUGUUUCGUAAAUCAGUCGCUUCAAGAGCUGGUUUCACGGCGUCGUACUGCUAUACGUUAUUUCGGCAACUGUUCCAAAGAACAUCCCCGUGCGGUUUUUCGAUUAACUUAGUUCCUUUUAUUUUGUCUCGAAGGGCAGUUGCCAAAUAAACGGUUGGAUUGUGACUGUUAAUUACAAAAAAUAAUUUAUUUUUUUAUGUAAGGAAUGUUAAAAAUAUUGUAUUUUUUUUAAAAAGGACUAUAUUUUGUUGAUUUGUUAUUAAUUAAUUCCGAUAUAUUACUAAUUGUGUGUAUAUUUGUAAAUUUUUGAAACAUUUAUUUUUUUAUGUUUUUAUAAUAGGUUUUUCAGACUUUUCUUCUACGUUUUACUUCGCAUAAGAGCUUGUCAACAAACUUACAAAUUAACAUUUUAAUGUACGAAAAAUUUGGUGAAAUGUACACACUCGGAAUGCAGGGUAUCCAAAUGAACUAAACAAAAAUGGAUUGGAAGAGAAUGACGUUAAUUCAUCUAAGCGAAUUUGUAUUGCUUCUUCAAGAGCGGGAAUGAAAUAUUUCCUUUAAUACUCCUUUAAAACUUAAUUCAGCAAUGCAAAACUUAAAUAAUUAGAACAAUCUUGCCAGCUUUUUUGCUUUAAAAUGGAUUAGCAGUUUUGAUAUUUCACUCUAGCUCUGCUUUAUAAUUGAUAACUUAUAAUAAGAUCUCUAUAAAUUUAAAAAUAUAUGAAUAGUAUCUAGUAUUAUAGGUUUACACACAUUACACUGAGUAAAAAAACGAUAUCAAAUGCUUUACGGAUUAGAUUUGUUGUUGUAGACAAGUUAGUUUGAAUUAGAAAUGAGGAUAUAUUUUUCUUCAUUUACUCCUAUAAUUUAACGAUCUAACAAUUACAAUUCUGCACUUAAUAUUUGGAUAAAUCCAGUGUAGAAAAGACGUAUUUAAUUCGAUGGCGUUAUACAUUAAUAGAUCAAACUAUCGUAAGUUUUUUCUGUUUAUCCUACCUAGCGAAAUUGCCUUGUAUGGACGUCUCUGCACCUAAUAAGCUUUUUGUAGGGAAGCAUGUGUUUCUCUAUGUGUAAAAAAUGCACAAGGUCAAUCCUUUUGUAUAAGUUAAAGAUUUUCCAAAUUCAUAUCCUCUAAUACUAAAAAAAACCUUGUAAACAGAGUUGUUGAAAUUAGAAGAUUACAAAGUGUAUAAUUUUAACCCGAGAAUUGACCUGCAUUUUCUACAGGCACAUGGAAAAUACCUACCAUGUAUAUUUAGAAUUAAAGAUCGUUUUAUUUGAUUGUGAUAAGAUCUAAUUGUUUCCAUAUUUUCUAAUCUAAAUAACCCUAUUCCUAUUACGUUAUUAGACUUGUUAAAAUAACAACUUACCUAUUUAAUUAUGUACAGAAAUGUUUGUCUACUAUUAUUUAACGAAAUUUUAAUUGCAGUAUUCGCGUAGUAUUUUAUAUGGAAAAUUAUUAAUGUUUUUAGUUUUAGAUUUAGACUGUGUAAUACCCUACGUUAUUCAAUUUUCUUUUUCCUUUUAGUUUUUAAGUAAUUUCCGUUUUCUGAUCAUACGAAUUAAUCGAAUCGUAAAAGGUGUCCUCGAAAAUAAUGUAUUUCUUUGCAGGAAAUCCAUUUUUUUAAUUACUAUUAAAUUCUUCUAAAAUCUUGGCAAAAUUUUACACCUGACAACGUCGCAAUUUUUUUUAGAAAUUAAUUUUGUAGACGAGUUUUUCUUCUAAUAAUGUGUCAGUGAAUCAGUUACCGGUCGACGAAAACAAAGCUUUGUUGCGCGUUUAUUCUCGAUUUAUUUAGAUUUUUUUUAUUCCUCCCAAUGAUGAUUUUAUCAUUAAUUACAGCGUGUAAAUGAGGCAAGUGCUUUGCUAAAAUUAAUCGAACAAUUUUAUUGACUAGAAGUGUUGUGCCGAGUAAUUAUGUCAUUAGUGGAGUUAAUUUUUAUGUUUAUGUAAGUACAACAACAUUUAUGGUUUCUUAUCUAAUCAAAGUUCGCAAUAUCGGUAUAAGUGUAAUGUGGUCAAACAAGAAUUUUUACACCAACUAAUUAUUAAUUAUCGGAUUAUUUUUAAAAGGAUUGCAUUAUUUUCGACGACACUUUCUAUACUUUUUAAUUUGGUUUUCACAUAGUACAAACGCUUUCUUAUUUUUGAUUUUUUUUGUUCUUUCAAUUCGUAAAAAAUUACGUUAAUUCUAUGAAGAGAAAAAUAAUUUGUAUACAGAGUAAUUUUUAGUUGAUAUACAGUGUACUUAGAUGUAAUAUUUAUUUAAUUAUUGUAAGUACAAGAAGAAUGUACAUACAACAAAAUAAUAUAACUAAUUUUAAU